UCAUGUUAGACACCGAUAUGUGGAAAACUUCAUUGUGCUAGUUCGUGUCCUGCAGUAUCCCGAGUGAUUUCUAAAAGAAGUAUAGCGUUUCAUACCUGUGCUUUUUUCAGAAAAAUAUCUUGUGAAUCAUGAGUGACCCAAAAAGUGGUGAAGAUUUAGCUACAGCAAUUUUGCGCAAAAAGGACAGGCCAAACAGAUUAAUUGUUGAUGAAGCGACCAAUGAUGACAAUUCCGUUGUGGGUUUAUCCCAAGCGAAAAUGGAUGAACUCCAACUAUUUCGUGGAGACACUGUUUUGCUUAAAGGAAAACGUAGGAAAGAAACAGUUUGCAUUGUUCUUUCCGAUGACACAUGUCCUGAUGAAAAAAUAAGAAUGAAUCGAGUUGUACGAACAAAUUUAAGAGUUCGAUUAAGUGACGUUGUCUCUGUGCAAGCGGCACCAGAUGUGAAAUACGGUAAACGUAUACACGUUUUACCAAUGGACGAUACUGUUGAAGGUUUAACUGGAAAUUUAUUUGAAGUUUAUUUAAAACCAUACUUUUUGGAAGCUUAUCGACCAAUACAUAAGGAUGACAAUUUUAUUGUACGCGGAGGAAUGCGUGCUGUUGAAUUCAAAGUUGUUGAAACAGAUCCCGGUCCUUAUUGUAUUGUUGCACCGGAUACAGUAAUUCAUUGUGAGGGCGAUCCGAUAAAGCGUGAGGAGGAGGAAGAAGCAUUGAACGCUGUUGGUUAUGAUGAUAUUGGUGGUGUACGAAAGCAAUUAGCACAAAUUAAGGAAAUGGUUGAAUUACCACUACGACAUCCUUCAUUGUUUAAAGCUAUUGGUGUUAAGCCACCACGUGGUAUUCUUCUUUAUGGACCACCGGGAACAGGUAAAACUCUUAUUGCACGAGCUGUUGCAAAUGAGACUGGAGCAUUCUUUUUCUUAAUUAAUGGACCUGAAAUAAUGAGUAAAUUGGCUGGAGAAUCGGAAAGUAAUUUACGAAAGGCAUUUGAGGAGGCUGAAAAAAAUUCACCGGCCAUUAUUUUCAUUGACGAAUUGGACGCUAUUGCACCAAAAAGAGAAAAAACCCAUGGUGAAGUAGAAAGGCGUAUUGUUUCACAGCUUCUUACUUUAAUGGAUGGCAUGAAACAGAGUGCUCAUGUUAUUGUUAUGGCCGCUACCAAUAGGCCUAAUAGCAUUGACGGAGCUUUGCGUCGUUUUGGUCGUUUCGAUAGAGAAAUUGAUAUUGGCAUUCCGGAUGCGACUGGACGUUUGGAAAUUUUGCGUAUUCAUACAAAAAAUAUGAAACUUGCCGAUGAUGUUGAAUUGGAAGAGAUUGCCGCUGAAACUCAUGGUCACGUUGGCGCAGAUUUGGCUUCACUUUGUUCAGAGGCUGCUCUUCAGCAAAUUCGUGAGAAAAUGGAUUUAAUUGAUUUAGAAGACGAUGUUGUAGAUGCCGAAGUAUUAAAUUCUCUUGCUGUUACUAUGGAGAACUUUAAGUACGCAAUGACAAAGAGCAGUCCCAGUGCUCUUCGCGAGACAAUUGUCGAAGUACCGACAGUAUCAUGGGAUGACAUUGGUGGUUUGCAGAACGUGAAAAUGGAACUUCAAGAAUUGGUUCAAUAUCCAGUUGAGCAUCCAGAUAAAUUCUUGAAAUUUGGCAUGCAACCAUCAAGAGGUGUUUUGUUCUAUGGACCACCUGGUUGUGGUAAAACAUUGUUGGCAAAGGCAAUUGCCAAUGAAUGUCAAGCGAAUUUCAUAUCAGUAAAGGGUCCUGAAUUAUUGACAAUGUGGUUUGGUGAAUCGGAAGCAAAUGUUAGAGAUGUUUUUGAUAAAGCCAGAUCAGCAGCGCCAUGUGUAUUGUUUUUCGACGAAUUGGAUUCAAUUGCAAAAUCACGUGGUGGAACUGUCGGUGACGCUGGCGGCGCAGCUGACAGAGUAAUUAAUCAGAUUUUAACUGAAAUGGAUGGUAUGGGGGCAAAGAAAAAUGUUUUCAUUAUUGGAGCAACGAAUCGUCCUGAUAUUAUUGAUCCCGCUAUUCUUCGUCCAGGAAGAUUGGAUCAAUUGAUUUAUAUUCCACUUCCCGAUGAGAAAUCGCGUGAAGCUAUUUUCAAAGCAAAUCUACGCAAAUCUCCCGUAGCUCAAGAUGUUGAUUUGUGCUACAUAGCUAAAGUAACACACGGAUUUUCUGGCGCCGAUUUGACAGAAAUUUGUCAACGUGCUUGUAAACUUGCAAUUAGACAAUGCAUUGAAACUGAAAUUCGAAGAGAAAAAGAUCGAGUUGCUAAUCCUUCUGUCUGUAUGGAUAUGGAUGAAGAGGAUCCUGUACCGGAAAUUACAAGAGCUCACUUCGAAGAAGCAAUGAGGUUUGCUCGUCGUUCAGUUUCGGAUAACGAUAUUCGCAAAUACGAAAUGUUUGCACAAACUCUUCAACAAUCUCGAGGUUUUGGAACAAAUUUCAGAUUUCCACAAAGUGGAGGAGCACCAGGUACUCAAGACCUUACACAAGAUCAACCGUUCCAAGACGAUGGCGAUGAUGAUCUAUAUAGUUAAGUUUUCUGUAUUUGAAAAGCAGUGAAGCAUUCGACAAAAGGGCCUGUCUAUUAACGUGUUAAUUGCACGAUAAUGUUUUUUAAAAAUAUGGUUCAUGAAAAAUUCGAAAUAAAUAAAUUGAGUAACGAACUUUUUAUAUGAAGGGCGUAUGAUGUAUGUCUGAA